AUGGCAGAGCAAAUAGCUCUCCCUCUGCUCCUUCACAACCCACCACCGUCUUCAAGACCCUUCUUCCAAAACCACCACCAAAAUCAAAACCCAGCCACACCAACACCACCGCCACUGCCUCCACCUCCACCGAUGCCAGUAACCCCUCUUCUCCAAGAGCUCCUCCUCCACCCAAACCCCUCAACCCCACAAACCCAAAACCCCACCUCCCCUCCCACCCUCCCCAGAGCACGCACUCGCAUCGGCAAGUCACGUGACUCCAACCGCGGCAAGCCCUGGUCCCACCACCGCCUCUCCUCUCAAGGUCAGCAUAUCCUCCACUCCUUUCUCGACCCACAAUUUGAUUCUUCUAAACUAGAUGAGCAGCUUCUGGGUUUAGUUGAUUUGCAUAGAGAUGAAUUUGGUUCUAGCUUGGACUCUCUGUCUCUGGACGUCCUGGGUAUUGUUAAAGGUUUAGGCUUUCACAAGAAAUUCGACUUGGCAAUAGAUGUGUUUGAGUGGUUUAAGAAACGUGAAGAUUGUGAUUCAAUUUUGAGUGGUUCUGUUGUUGCUGUGAUUAUUAGUAUUCUGGGAAAAGUGGGCAGGGUUUCUUCUGCAACUUCUUUGUUUCAGAGUUUGCAUAAGGAUGGGUUUGCGCUUGAUGUUUAUGCUUACACUUCUCUGAUUACUGCUUGUGCCAGUAAUGGGAGGUAUAGGGAGGCUGUUACUGUUUUUAAGAAAAUGGAGGAAGAGGGUUGUAUGCCCACAUUGAUAACUUACAAUGUGAUUUUGAAUGUGUAUGGGAAAAUGGGUAUGCCUUGGAAUAAGAUUAGAGCGCUUGUUGAGUGUAUGAAGAGUGCUGGGAUUGCCCCGGAUUCUUAUACUUAUAAUACACUUAUAACUUGUUGUCGCCGCGGCUCUUUGCAUGUGGAGGCAGCUGACGUUUUUCAGGAGAUGAAAUCAGCAGGGUUUGUACCCGAUAAGGUUACGUAUAAUGCGUUGUUGGAUGUGUAUGGAAAGUCUAGGCGGACUAAGGAAGCAAUGGAGGUAUUGAAAGACAUGGAGUUUAAUGGGUUUUCUCCAAGCAUUGUGUCUUACAAUUCACUGAUAUCAGCUUAUGCAAGAGAUGGUUUAUUGGAGGAGGCAACAGCCUUGAAAACCCAGAUGGUGGAGAAAGGGAUUAAACCUGAUGUUUUUACCUACACCACCCUUUUUUCAGGAUUCGAGAAGGCUGGGAAGGAUGAGCCUGCAAUGAGGGUUUUUGAGGAGAUGAAAAGUUCUGGUUGCAAACCAAACAUCUGUACCUUCAAUGCCCUGAUUAAGAUGCAUGGCAACAGGGGAAAUUUUGCAGAAAUGAUGAAAGUUUUUGAAGAGAUCAAGAUAUGUAAGUGCACCCCCGAUAUUGUCACGUGGAACACACUUUUGGCAGUGUUUGGCCAAAAUGGGAUGGACUUGGAAGUGUCGGGAGUGUUCAGGGAGAUGAAGAGGGCAGGGUUUGUACCUGAGAGGGAUACUUUCAACACUCUAAUCAGUUCAUACAGCCGGUGCGGUUCAUUUGAUCAAGCCAUGGCUGUGUAUAAGAGAAUGCUAGAAGCUGGUGUUACUCCAGACCUUUCUACCUAUAAUGCUGUUUUGGCAGCACUGGCUCGAGGUGGGCUUUGGCAACAGUCUGAGAAAAUACUUGCUGAAAUGCAGAAUAGUCAGUGCAAACCCAAUGAGCUUACAUAUAGUUCUCUGCUCCAUGCUUAUGCCAAUGGCAAAGAAAUGGAGCUCAUGCAUGUUCUUGCAGAAGAAAUAUACUCUGGUGUGAUUGAACCCCAUGUUGUGCUCUUAAAGACACUUGUUCUAGUUUUUAGUAAAAGCGACCUUUUGAUGGAAACAGAACAUGCCUUCUUGGAGCUGAGAAGAAAAGGGUUUUCACCUGACAUAACUACCCUGAAUGCGAUGCUAUCAAUAUAUGGCCGGAGGCAGAUGUUUAUGAAGACAAGUGAGAUUUUGAAAUUUAUGAAUGAGAUGGGGUAUACUCCUAGCUUGACAACUUACAAUAGUUUGAUGUAUAUGUACAGUCGCUCAGAGGAUUUUGAGAAAUCAGAAAAGUUUCUAAGGGAGAUUAUGGAGAAGGGAAUAAAGCCUGAUAUAAUUUCAUACAACACUGUCAUUUUUGGCUAUUGUAGAAAUGGUCGUAUGAGAGACGCUUCACGGAUAUUCUCAGAAAUGAGGGAUGCUGGGAUUGCUCCAGAUGUAAUCACUUAUAACACCUUUGUGGCAAGUUAUGCAGCUGAUUCUUUGUUUGUUGAAGCUAUUGAUGUGGUCUGCUACAUGAUUAAGAAUGGCUGUAAGCCAAACAAGAACACAUACAACUCCAUUGUAGAUUGGUACUGUAAACAUAAUCGACGGGAUGAUGGAGUUAAGUUUGUCAAUAACCUUCGCAAUCUUGAUCCGCAUAUUUCCGAUGGGGAGGAAUCCAGAUUAUUAGACCGUAUUAAAAAUAAAUGGUCAUAG